AGAAAAAAGGAAAGGUGGAGUGGGAGAGCUCUCAGGGGGAGGAAGAACCCAGAACCUUCCCCUCCAACUCCCCCAAUCAAGUCUCCUUUUUAAGCCCUAUUUUAACCUCCUCUCCCCUCCAAACUCCCUUACCCCGGAGGGAGAGAGAGAAAGUCCCUGAGAACUAACCCCCUUUUAACUGCUCAAUGCUUCUUCUUUUAGCACUGUUUUUACUCACCCCUUUUAUGGCUUUUAAAAUCACCACUAUAAAUGUGAGGAGCGUAAGAACGGUAACAAGAGCACAGUCGGUUUUAUCCUUUUUAGAAAGGUUUAACUCUGAUGUGUUUUUACUACAGGAGUGUGGUCUACCCUUUUUAUCCUCUUACAGGAAAUGGGAGGAUAAGUGGCAGCACGGGCCCUCCAUUUGGAGUGGUUCCAAUUUUAACAAGAACGACGGUGUUGCCAUUUUAAUCAAGACCCCACAGGUGGUGGUGAAGGGGAGCACGGUGGUGGAGCGGGAACCAGUAUGUCCAGUGCGCGGGCUCGCUAUAGGUGAGCCCACAACGGUUUGGCGCAACGUGGCCCAUCCUGCUCUACUGAAUCGGCAUCGGGACCUGUCCUGGAUGGUCGCCCACGAGAUCCUCCCGGUCAGGGCCGUUAUGCACUCACGGGGCAUGGCGAGGACAUCCGCGUGCCCCCGAACAGGCUGCGGCCAAGAAGAAUCGGUGAGGCACAUGCUCUGGGAGUGCAGAGCCGCCAGGGACCUGUGGAAGGAAGCAGGCCCCCUGAUUACCUCGUGUCUGCCAGCAGGGGAGGACCUAACACCUCAGCUCGUGCUAUAUGGGGUGGGCCGAAGGCCCAUUUCAUCGAAGACCUUCACCAAGCUCUGGCCCACCCUCACGUGCCUGAAGGAAGCACUGUGGUCCUCCCGCAACCUGCUGGUAGCGAAAAACGUAGAGACCACCCCCCAGGCAGUGGCCAUGGUAGCCACGGAAGCCCUGGGGUGGUACGAAAGGAAGGGGGCCUCGACCCCAGGCGAAGGGUCCCCCACAACACCCUAGGUCCCGGCGGCCACGGCCUGACAGCGCUGCGGCGCCUAGGGCGAUGCGCCUAGGGGAGGGAUCUCCUCUGGGCCCCAAAGGAUGGGACGAUGGUCUAUUCAGAGGAGCAGGAUGAGGUGAGCUUGAUAAAGACUCACCCCGCUCCUGUACAAAGGACUGAAGACAGCUUUUUAACAAAGUGGCUUUUUAACAUGUUUUUCAUGUCUUAAAAAUGUUUUACCUUUUUAGAUCAUUAGUACACAUUUUUAAUGGCUUCUACAGAUUUGAUAUUUUUACAAGGAAAGUACUUUUACUCAUGGUUGUUUUAACUAAUUGAUUUUAACAACAUGUACUUUUUAACAAAUUCAAAUGUAACUCUCAAAUGCUGUGUUUUAUGCCUUGUUGCCGUUUUUAUGUGUGUAAAUGAUGUAAAAAAUGUAUGAGCUGUUUUUAAAGGAAUUGUGCCAAUAAAACUUUUCCAAAAGAAAAAAAA